UGAAGAUAAGGGCACUCAACCUGCCAAGCCAGCAAGUUGCCAGAAUAGCGAGCGACAGACGCGGCACACCCACCAGCCUCAAGAGAUUCCAACAACCAAACGUCUCCCCGCCGCUGUCUCUCCGCCCUUUCGCCGGCCCUCAUUGACCGUCGAACAGCACUCGCCGCGCUUCCUGCGCGUCCUUUGCGCGUGCUCGCACCCUGCAUCUGCCCCAAGCGCACGUCACAAGUCGAGCUCGUACUAAAGACGGGCUCGACGACGGCGACGUUCGCUCAUGUGGCUCACCAGAGUGCUCUCGUCGACAGUAUGGCUUUGCGCCAUAGUCUUCACCAUCCCCCUCGCAUUUGACAUUGGAGGAAGGACUUGUGGACUCGCCUUCUCCCUGUCCCUGAGCAGUUUCUACUUCUUCUACUCCAUCCUUCGUCUCGCAACGCCCGACCGCUCGCGAUUCCGCUGGGCCCUCUGCAAGCUCAUCCAAGGCUCCCAGUGGAUUGUAAUUCCUACCUUGUUGAUAUGGAGCUUGAACAAAUUUUCCGUCGACUCGGACAACAACUCGGGCUGGGUUGAGCGGACGUUUGGAGGAAAACGCGCCCAGGACACAAGCGUUCAUGAAUGGCUUUUUGGAAGAGACGGUCUAGUGCAAUCGGCGACCAUCGGGGCCUGGGACAGCGUGUUGCGAUACAGCACUCCGGUUUUCCAGGUCGGAGAGGGAUUCUGCAGCUUGCUGGUCAUCCAAGCUGCCGGUCAGAUUACACGAUGGGUUGUCAACCGUGAACGAGGGGACAGCUGGAUGAUUGGCCUCCUCAUCGUGUCUGCGUCUAAUCUCUCACUGUCGGUCUAUUUCCUCUGGCGGAUAACGACUUUCCCUGAAAUCAGUAACGUUGAUGCCAUCCUCAUUGGUGUAGCAAUCACGUCCGCCAUAUUCCUGUGUGGUUGGGGCAUUGUCAGUGGACGAGGGAAUCCCGUCGAGUCGUCUCUUUUGUUCGCCUAUGUCACGCUGUGCAUUUACCAAAUCUUUACGGACUAUCAACCUUCGCCUGGAUCUGUUGCCGCGGAGGGCACUGCUGAACCUGCACUACCUCCACUACCUCCCAUCAUCAUGGCCUCCUACACCACCCUCCUCCAUGCACUUGGCUCAUUACCGAACAUCAUCCACACUGGCUUCAACCUCAUGAUUGGUGCCGUGUUGACCAUCACCCCAAGUGUCAUCAUAUCGCUUGCAUACCGAGUAUUCGUGAUGUACGCAUCCGCUCGUAUCAUCCCAGCCAUCCGCGAAUCCGGUGCUCGAGGACUCUCCCAGGAACCAACCCUCGAUGACGAUGACGAAGCUGGAAAGUUCCUCGCAUUCCUUACCUGGUUCAGUCCGUCCAUCCUCAUCGCAGUGUACACCAGUCUGCUCAUGCAGCAUUUUGCCAGCGGCAACGGCAACGGCGUCACGGGAAGCCUCGAUGGCCAAAUCACUGGCGAAUGGUGGACUAACCAAGGAGGCCAAGCCGGCGGGAACUUCUGGCGGUGGGUGAACCUCGCCGUCACGAUGGGCCUGUACGCCAUCGAACUCAAGAUCAGCAAGGAGGACGAUGACAGCCGCCUGACGAGCCACUGGAAGAGUGACUGAGCCAGCCCGGCGUCAACAUGUUCACCAUCCAGAGCAGAUGAGGAGUAUUGCCGUACAUGACGGUAUAAUUACAAAGCCCAAGGUCGUCCAAAACGCGAAAGUCACUCCGACAGAACCUUGGGCGAAGGAC